AUGGCAGGAUUCUCAUUAGGCGGCGGAAGCGGGAACGAUCAGAUCCCAACAGACAGCCUCUUCCAUUACACCAGCGGAGGAGGGGGGAGCGGCGGCGGCAGGCAAGCCGAAGAGAUCACCACCUACACAAAGGGCUUCGAGUUAUGGCAGCAGCACCAGCAGCGUCACCACCACCACAACCUCUACGCUGCCGGGCUUGGCAUGAUGCUGGAUGAUCCUGCCGGGAGUGGUGGCGGAUCUGGGGGCAGCGGUAGCUUCGGGGGCUCCGCUGGGAGAGGGCUGAGAGCGGGGGGACGCAGCGGGGGAAUGAGCUGCCAGGACUGCGGGAACCAGGCCAAGAAGGACUGCAUGCACUAUCGGUGCAGGACGUGCUGCAAAAGUCGCGGCUUCCAGUGCCCCACUCACGUCAAGAGCACCUGGGUUCCCGCCGCCAAGCGCCGAGAACGGCAGCACCAGCUUGCCGCCGCUAUGCAGCAACAGCAGCAGCAGUCCCAGCUCCUCGUCCGCGGGAGCGACCACACCAAGAGGCCGAGGGAGGUCUCCACCACCCUCGCCUGCACCCGUCUCCCCCCAACUGUUACCAUCACGACCACUACCUCCACAACAUCAGGCAUGUUACACCCACCAUCUCAUCUUCUUUUCCUCUCUCCCUUCGUCCGCCCCUUUUAUUUUCUACUGUACAUGAUUUCUUCAUUGACAGUGGAAAGAUGGAAGCAAAAGUAAAAGAAUUUCCGAUGCUUGUAUGAUUCCUCGAUAUUUAUCCUCAAAGGCGUCUGCUUUCAUGAUUUUGCCUCCUCUGCUGCUCAUGAAUGUGAUUUGAUAGGGAGGCUCGAGGCGAUGGGGAGCUUCCCGCCGGAGGUCAGCUCGCCGGCGGUGUUCCGGUGCGUCCGCAUGAGUGGCGUCGACGAUGUGGAUGACCAGUACGCAUACCAGACAGCCGUCAGCAUCGGCGGUCACGUCUUCAAGGGAAUACUCUACGACCAAGGACCAGAUUCCCAGUUCUCCCACCCAGGGGACGCCUCCUCUUCAUCCGCUGUCGCCGUGGCCGCUACAAUUGCUACAACAGGCAACCCUACCACGGGCGCCGCUACUGCUGCGGUGGCUGCGGCCGCGGCUGCUUCCUCCAUGCUUGACCCGGCCUCUUUGUACCCCACUCCUCUCAGCGCCUUCUUGGCGGGUACGCAAUUCUUCCCUCAACCAAGACCCUAG